AUGCUUCGCGAAAUACAAAAGUGUUUAAAUAUAAUUAUUCUGCUAAAUAUCCCCUUAGUUGUUGUAAUUGGUGCAAAGCCCAAUUCGCACAUUCAAUUCACCCAGUGUACCUGUCAAUAUAACACAACGCGCAUCCGACACUUAGAUUGUUCGGUAAAGAAUGAUAGCAAUCACGUGGGCCUCAUCUAUGGUCGCUUAGAAUUGGCAUCUGUUAUAGCCGAUUUCAGUAUUCGAUCAACAAUACAUUCGUAUCGUAAAAAUUUGGCCCCAAGAAAACUACUGGAAUUAACUGUAAAUGCCUGUGAUAUAUUGGAUGUGGCCCAGAAAACCAAACUGAUCGUGACCUAUGUGAAUAAUUUUAAGAAAUAUUUGAAUGUCGUACCCAAAUGUCCAUUUCGAAAG